AUGGCUGCCAAAGCUACGCCAGGAAUCACUGAAGCCUGUCUCCAAGACACUAAAAAUCUAUUCCCUAGUUUAGAUGUUUCUAAGGUGCAUCCAAUUAUUGAAUUUCGCAGACCUAGUGACCUGUGGAUCACAGUUUGGAAAACACUCUUGUGUGAUCAGGAACUCUGUCUCACUGGUUAUCUCCUCUCGUACAGUAAAAUUGUCAACGAUGACUCAGUGCUGAAGGCAACCCAAGCUUCCACAAUCCAUGGACCCCAAGACAGCUCUGAAGGUGGUGAUUCUGUGUCUGCUUUAGAGCUCCCAUGCAGCACAAAGCAUUUCUAUCAAGCAUUACUAGAGACUCAAAAUUUACUGCGCACUCAGGUUGCAAAUUUUACCUUCAACCUUGGAUUUUCAGGGAAGUUUUACCACACAGGAACUGAAGAGGAAGAUGAAGGAGAUGACCUUUUGCUUCGGUCUGUGGAUGAGUUCUGGUGGUUUCCUCACAUGUGGAGCCACAUGCAGCCCCACCUCUUCCAUAACGAAUCCUCUUUGGUGGAGCAGAUGAUUCUCAACAAGGAAUUUGCACUGGAACAUGGAAUACCCAUCAACAUGGGCUAUGCGGUGGCGCCACAUCACUCAGGGGUCUACCCGGUUCAUAUUCAGCUGUACGUGGCUUGGAAGAAGGUCUGGGGUAUUCAGGUCACCAGCACUGAAGAGUAUCCACAUUUGAAACCUGCGCGGUACCGAAAGGGCUUCAUUCACAAUAGCAUCAUGGUCCUCCCUCGACAGACCUGCGGGUUGUUCACCCACACGAUUUUCUACAAAGAGUACCCAGGAGGACCCCAAGAAUUGGACAAAAGUAUCAGAGGAGGUGAACUGUUCCUCACAAUCCUUCUAAAUCCAAUCAGCAUUUUCAUGACCCAUUUGUCAAACUACGGGAAUGACCGCCUAGGGUUAUAUACCUUUGUGAAUUUGGCCAACUUCGUGCAGAGCUGGACCAACCUGAAGUUGCAAACUCUGCCUCCAGUGCAGCUAGCCCACAAGUACUUUGAGCUCUUCCCAGAGCAAAAAGAUCCUCUCUGGCAGAAUCCGUGUGAUGAUAAACGGCACAAAGACAUCUGGUCCAGAGAGAAAACUUGUGACCACUUACCAAAGUUCCUUGUAAUCGGGCCACAAAAAACAGGAACAACUGCACUUUAUCUAUUUCUUCUUAUGCACCCUUCCAUCAUCAGCAAUCUCCCCAGCCCCAAAACAUUUGAAGAAGUUCAAUUCUUUAAUGGGAACAACUAUCACAAGGGAAUCGACUGGUAUAUGGACUUUUUCCCUACUCCAUCCAAUGUUACGAGUAACUUCCUGUUUGAAAAGAGCGCCAAUUACUUCCAUUCGGAAGAAGCUCCCAAGCGAGCUGCAUCUCUGGUCCCCAAAGCCAAGAUCAUCACCAUCCUCAUCGACCCCUCAGACAGGGCAUACUCCUGGUACCAGCACCAACGAUCACAUGAAGAUCCAGCUGCCCUGAGGUUUAAUUUCUAUGAAGUUAUUACAACAGGACAUUGGGCCCCAUCUGACCUAAAGACUUUGCAGAGGAGAUGCCUAGUACCUGGAUGGUAUGCGGUCCACAUAGAAAGAUGGCUAACGUACUUUGCUACUUCUCAGUUGCUAAUUAUUGAUGGACAGCAGCUGAGAUCUGACCCAGCUACAGUGAUGGAUGAAGUCCAGAAGUUUCUGGGAGUUACACCUCAUUAUAAUUACUCUGAAGCACUAACGUUUGAUCCCCAGAAGGGCUUUUGGUGUCAACUACUGGAAGGAGGAAAGACCAAAUGCCUUGGAAAAAGCAAAGGCCGAAAAUAUCCACCCAUGGAUCCAGAGUCUAGAACUUUCCUCUCUAAUUACUACCGAGAUCAUAAUGUGGAACUGUCCAAACUGCUGCAUAGACUGGGGCAGCCCCUGCCAUCCUGGCUGAGGCAGGAGCUGCAGAAAGUGAGGUAGCACCGGAGACAGGAACCAAGGCUCGCGAGAUGCUUACUUGAUUAUUCAAUAGAAAAACAGACCCCACGACUUUUAUCCCCUGAAUGCCCUUGUGAUUGUCAACAGAGGACUGUGUGAAUAAAUUUCCUUUCAUCUUUUUCAUCAAAUGAAAACUGUUACAUAUGCACGCAUUGGCAAUUGCUAGCAUCAAACCCUGGCAGAGCUUUUGGGAAAUAGUAUGGGGUUUUGUGGCAUUAUCCAGUUUCCAGUGUGGGGCUCAUAACACAGCCAGUUCCUCUGCCAGCCUUAAGGUUUCAGAAACUGUGUGUAUGACUGAGAACCCUGAUGAUAUGCAAGUGAUGAAUUAGAAUCUUGAGGAAAAGACAAGCACUGAGUUAUCUGUAAAUGAGAUUGGGAAUAACCCAAUAUUUGAAUGAAGGGCUUACAUCUUCCUUUUGCUAAUUGAAAAACAAUUUUGCUUUUGUCGUGAAAAGAAAUUAUAUAAUCCCAUACUCUCAUUUCGAGCAGUUAUUAUUUAUUAUAUUUAGCCAACAUAUAUUUUCUUCUGUUACUCCUCUUUAUGAAUUUCCUUGACUUGCUGAAGAAGUUGUGAAUUUGCAACCUCCCGUGUUUUCUGUCUGUUUUCCUCUUGUAGGAGGGGACCAUCUGAAAGGUUCCAUAUUCACUGAUAUUACUACUUUAUCUGGCAGGGCAGCCAUUCUCAGUGAAUUUUGCAGUGCGAUUCUGACAAAAUCUAUCAGAAGUUUUGGGGGAAAAGGAAAAAUGAGAGUGCAUCCUCUGCGUAAUGUUAACAAGUAUGUGUAAGGCUGUCUUUACAAGGGUCCAAAAGCUUACCCUACUAUUAAUCUAGGUAUUUCCAACUUGACAUUGAUGUAGUAUUUAUGUAUUUUUUCACUAUCCAUGGAAGAAAGAGCUUUAUUGAUAAGAAAUGGAAUGAAAACACUGAUGUGUGUUAACAGGUAGUGUGAGGCCCUUGUGCCUUCUAUGUAGUAUAUGUCAAUCGUUUUAAAGCAUGGUCUUCUGUAUAUGCCAGUACAUGUACUAAUGCAGAAGAUUAUGUUUUUAACGCCUAAUUAAAAAAAGGAAAUAUAAUCUAAAACUUACCUCUUGAAACAUCACUAAUUCUCUACCCUAAAACCUAUUUCUCAGCCAUGACACCCAAAAUUAAUUUCUAGAGAAGAAGUGAUGUUCUUUCUGUCGUAGAGUUUAGAUUCCUCUCCUAUUUGGAGGUUAUUGUCAUGCUGGUUGGAUUUUUAUUCCAUUUGUCAAUGAAGAUAUAUUAAAGCUUUGUUAAUCUUUUCAUUGGUAUAUGAAGGUAAAAUUUCAACAGAACGUUAAUCAAACUAGCUUUGGUAACAUUACCUAUCAAUCCAUCCUUCCUCCAGAAUAUUUUUCUGUAGGCUAUAAGUAAUAUUACUUUUUCCUAUAAUUUGAGAAAUUAUGCUUGACGUAAUUAAUGUCUUCAAAAAAA